AUAUAACAAGCGUUGCGUUAGCAUUAUUUAAAUGUUAUAUAACAUAUUUUGUAAUAAGCAUCACUUUUAAAUUUUGCCGCGCAACAAGUAUUUCCGUGUCCUGUGUGUGUACGUAUGUGUUGCUGAGAAGAAAGCUCUUUCCGGUUUGCUGUUCAUCAACGGAAUUUUGGCGGCUAAUUUAUAUCAAAGCAUACUCCAGGCUCUUUGCAGAACAUUGAUAGAAAUCAACGCUUGCCUAAAUUGGUUGGUUAGCGAGUUUGAUUUAAUUUGGCUUCGAAGCUGUUCCCUGUGUUACAAUUCAUUAAAAACUGCUGUUUCAUCAAAAGUGAGAAAAAUGGAUUCUGGUGGUACUAUAGGAAAAAGAUAUUCCGUUGUCAAGUUUGUUAUAGAUAAUUCAUACUCAGAAAUACCAACAGCGUGGCUUAUACUAGAUGACAAUCAACAACAGAAGUGCUGGUGGCCACGGACAGCAAAUGCUGCACCUCUAAUCGCAAACUAUGCAAGUCCGAAUUUUGAAACUUGGGAUCAAUAUAAUAUUGAACUCAUAAAACAUUGUAGAUCUUUGGAAUCUGCAAGAAAAAGUGCAGCUGACUCCAACUACCAAACAACCGACGAAGACAAAUUGGGACGUGGCAAAAGACAGCAUACUUUGUACAAUCGAUAUAGCAGUGAAGAAGAAGAAAACGACGAUUAUGUACAUCGACCAAUUGCUAAAAUUAAGAAGAAAGAAAAAGCAAGCAGUAUGAAUAAAAUUACAUCUGCUUUCCCACUGUGUCCGGACAAUUUAACCUUCAAUAAUUUCACCAACAAUGAAAUUGAAAGCAUCAAAACUGUGAUUGAUUCAGUAAAAAAGAUUCCAUUAUCACAACCUUGUGAGAAAAAGAAAACUUCUUGUACACAAGAAGUGGAUAUACGUCAGAUUUGUGAUAUUCCCAUUCAAAAUUGUGAUCCAUUAUCUGAAGAACAUGAAAACCAUGAAGAAUUGCAAGAAAUAGUUAAUGAAGUAUCAGACCCUAAUAUAAAAAAGUACUUUAAUCAAGUGAUACGUACACAGCAAGAUAUAAUACGUAAUCAAGGACAAAUAACACGUACCCAAACUACGUCCAAUUUAAUCUUAAGAGACAUCAAACAAUUGGUAAACCGAUUGGAAGAUGUUAUGAAGAGCCGCGCUCUUCUUCCAACAAAGGGUAAUGACAGCUUGAUUGCUGAAAUUUUACCGUUACGCUCGGUUCAAACUAUAAAAGAUUUUGAGACUUUAUUGCGUGACACGGAGGAAGCAGUUACGCAAUUUAAAGAAUUUAUCUUAAAAGUUGGGGGAAAUAAUCCCAGAGACAACAUUCAUCGCGCCCUUUGCAAAAUAUUUACGAACCAAUGUGCGAUGGAUUGCUUAUGGAAGGGUGUUUGUAAUAAUUUUAAAAUAUGCGAUUUAUAUUUUAUCAAAAUUAUGAGAAGAGACAUUACUCUACAGUAUUCUUCUUUAACAGAAGCUGAAUUUGAUAAUAUUGUGGCGGAAUGGCUACGUUUCGCUAAGCAGAGGAAGCAGAGGGAAGAAAAAGGAGGAGCACAGGAACAAGAUAAGGAAAAUAAUUAGAUUUUCCGUUCUCUAA